UAACGGAAACGAAGCUGUUAGCUUCAGGAAAUCGGUGGUGGGAAAAGGUUUCCUUUCUGUAGUCCAACCUGCCCUGUACGAAGUCAAAUAUACACAGAGCGCCAACAACCUGAAGCCAAUGGACAAUCGAGUACUAGUGUUUAAUCUGCGGUGUGUCCGACGAUAGCACGCCCCGGUUGCAGAGGCGCCGGGCUGGGCCGGAACCAGGACCAGGACCAGGACCAGGCCCGGACGGACCGACAUCACCCAGCGCAGUGUUUAGCGACACCGGCGGGCUGGUGUGUGAGUUAGCGGGGGGUGGGGGGGGGCUGGCAUGCAGUCCGGAGGGGAAGUGUAAUGUUUAUCACCGUCAGUAGCGAGACAGCAGAGCCCUUUAUAGUUGCGGUUGAUCAGAUGUGAAGGAGUCUGUAGGAUGGGUCAGACUGAACGCAGACAGACGAGAGCUAGCUUUAGCAAACAGCAGAGUUAACGUCACCGGACAUCAACUUUUUUUUACUCGCUAAGGAGCUACACAACGCAACAAAGUCAAACGAGUAUGAGCAGUAUAUCUGGGUUAAUGUGAAGACUGAGAAGUCUCUUUAUAUCGUGUAAUACUUUUCAGUUGCUUGCGAGCUCUUAAACGGCCUGAUAAAUGUUUCUGGAGCGAGUAUAGCAGCUGAGCUAAGUCGUUAGCUGCUAAGUUAGCCUGUCUCCUGUCGCCCUCAUGAAAGAAUACAAAGUGGUCGUGCUGGGCAGCGGCGGCGUCGGUAAGUCCGCGCUGACCGUCCAGUUUGUCACCGGCACUUUCAUCGAGAAAUAUGACCCCACCAUCGAGGACUUUUAUCGAAAGGAGAUCGAGGUGGACUCGUCUCCUUCCGUGCUGGAGAUCCUCGACACGGCGGGGACGGAGCAGUUCGCCUCCAUGAGAGAUCUCUACAUAAAGAACGGACAGGGCUUCAUCCUGGUCUACAGCCUGGUCAACCAGCAGUCAUUCCAGGAUAUUAGACCAAUGAGGGAUCAAAUAGUGCGAGUGAAGCGCUUUGAGAAGGUGCCGUUGAUCCUGGUCGGGAACAAAGUGGACCUGGAGUCUGAGCGUGAGGUCGCCGGGUCAGAUGGACGAGCUCUGGCUCAAGAGUGGGGCUGUCCUUUCAUUGAAACUUCUGCAAAGAGCAAGACUAUGGUGGACGAGCUCUUCGCAGAGAUCGUGCGACAGAUGAAUUAUUCCACACUGCCAGAGAAGCAGGAGCAGUGCUGCACAGCCUGCGUGGUGCAGUGAGGAAGAGAUGCAUAUUUUGUCUCGGCCGCCACAGAGAUCCUGAUGAACCAUGAACCUGGGGACUACGUGACAUUUGAUCUUACUGACACAACUUACCGUAGCUGGUAAAGUUUCUGUUUGCGGUUGUUUCUGACCGUAAGUCGUAAACCAUCUGACAGGAGAAAUGUCGGUCCUAUUUUUGAUAUCAUAACUGUUGAGACUUUUCUGCUGCAACCUUUACGGCCUUGGCAAUGACCCAAGAGGGAGUCGGAAAGACGGACUUUUGUGAAGCAGGAAUGGCCAUCUGUGAAUUUCAGUCUCUUUUUUUUAAAUACCUUUUUAGUUGGAGGUAUCACAAAAUAAUAAGCAGGAGUGUAUGUGAGGUUGCAGCUUCUUUUUAAAGCUGCUUUAAUCACUAUUAUAUUCUUUAUUAUUACUUGUAUAAUGUCUCAAGUUGGAAUUUGACAAAGUAUUUCAUAAUAUUCAAACAUGUUGACUUUUAAGCAUGCAUGCUUCAACCAGUUUGCUGCCAAGGUACUCUGCUUUUUUUCCCUACUGACACAAACUACCGUUACAGUGGUAUAUUUUAGAUUUGGGGAAACUAAGAUGGGAUGUAUGAAUUUUCAAAUUUAACCUGAAAAAACUUACAUCAAUUAACACUUUAUCCAGCAGCAUCCUUAAUUUACCUUCUUGUGAUCGCAGUAACCUGAAGCAGCUAAACUCAUUUGAAAACAUGCAUGCUUAAAAGUGGAAAAAUGUUCCACUAAAUGAACUUGAAGUGAUAAGGAAGAGCCAUUUUACUGUUUUUUUUUAGCCGGAGCUGUCUCAGUCUCUACAAGGCAUGAAUCGUGUGGACGCAGGUCUUCCAGUUUCAGUUUUCUCUGUGGGAGAAUGAUUUUGGAAUGACCAAAGGAAGCUCACAAUGCAUAUUUUAGUGUUUGACUAUAUGACGUGUGUUGCUUUAAAUUCAAGAGAAGCUGUUUUUCUUUUCAUUAAACAACUUGCUGCGAUGUGGUUUGAUAAAAGUUCUGGCACAGUUAAUCAGAUUUAACUUUGUAUUUUUCUUUUUCUUAUAGUAACCUAUUUAUUAAAACUAAUGACAUGGUUAGCCAGUUUUAAACUUUUCAUUUUAUACUAGUUUUGGCUUUUGUGACUUAUCAGGAUUUAAGGUACAUUGUUUUUUUUUUUAAGCUGAGGAUUUAACAGAGCCUUAAAUAAUUUCUGUUGCACCCUGGUCUCAUGUUUCUUUAUUUUUUCAAAGAUAAAAAGCUGUCAUUGUUUGGUAAUAAACAUGUUGGCCUCUC